CCGAUGAAAGUUACUUCAGAUCAAACAAACGUCGAUAAACAACCGGAAGAUUUAGUGAUUGGUGGUACCGUGAAUGGAUCAGGAACUUUUGAUGUAGAAGUUACUCAUUCUGGGAAAGAUACGGUCUUGUCUCAAAAACGUUGA